AUGGCCCCAGAACCCAUCGCCAUCAUCGGCAGCGCCUGCCGCUUCCCAGGCGACCUUACAACGCCCUCCAAGCUAUGGGCCUUUCUCACGAAACCCCACGAUCUCCAAUCCCCCGUCCCAAAAGACCGCUUCAACAUCGACGCCUUCCACCACCCCGACGGCAGUCACCACGGGCGCACCAACGCGCGGCACGGCUACUUCCUCUCGGACGUGAAGACGUUUGACGCGCACUUCUUCAACGUCCAGGCCGGCGAGGCGGAGAGCAUGGACCCGCAGCAGCGCCAGCUGCUCGAGGCUACCUAUGACGCGCUGUGCGCUGCUGGGCAGACGCCUGCGGGCUUGAAGGGGUCCGAUACGGCGGUCUAUGUUGGGAUUAUGACGCACGAUUUCGAGCUGACCAAGGUGGGGGAUUUGGAUGCGAUUCCGACGUAUUUGGCGACGGGGGCGGCCACGAGUAUUGCGAGUAAUCGCUUGAGUUAUUUCUUUGAUUGGCAUGGGCCGAGUAUGACCAUUGAUACGGCGUGCAGUUCAUCGCUUGUUGCCAUCCAUCACGCCGUGCAGCAGCUGCGCAGCGGCACGAGCAAAGUGGCUGUCGCGGCGGGUGCAAAUUUGAUGCUGUCGCCUUUAAACUUUAUUACAGAGAGCAAGCUGUCGAUGCUCUCGCCGACAGGGCGGUCGCGCAUGUGGGAUGCUGCGGCGGAUGGAUAUGCAAGGGGAGAGGGCAUAGCAUGCGUCGUCCUCAAAACCCUCUCCCAGGCCCUCGCCGACGGCGACACAAUCGACUGCCUGAUCCGCGAGACGGGCGUCGGCCAGGACGGCAGGACUACGGGCAUCACCAUGCCGAGCAACGUCGCGCAGGCGGCGCUGAUCCGCGCGACGUACGCCCGGGCCGGGCUGGAUCUGAGCCGGCCUGAUGGGCGGCCGCAGUUCUUUGAGGCGCAUGGAACUGGAACACCGGCAGGCGACCCUCAAGAAGCCGAGGCCAUAUCGACCGCCUUCUUCUCCAACACGACGGAGGACAUGCAGGACAUGUACGUGGGGUCCAUCAAGACGGUGGUCGGCCACACAGAGGGCACGGCUGGCAUUGCAGGCCUGCUCAAGUGCAGUCUGGCCGUGCAGAAUGGCGUCGUGCCGCCGAAUAUGCUGCUCGAGAAGCUCAACCCGCGCGUCGAGCCGUUUUGCGAGCAUCUGCGUGUGCCCAAGGAGGCGACGCCGUGGCCGGCUGUUGCGGAGGGGCAGCCGAGGAGGGCCAGUGUCAAUUCUUUCGGCUUCGGAGGCACAAACGCCCACGCCAUUGUCGAACAGUACAUUCCCGCCACACCCUCACCUCCCACCGACAGCACCACUACCAACGUCAUGCCGCUGGUGUUCUCUGCCCGGACGAAACGCUCCCUCAAAGCCAACAUGGAGAGCACUCUAUCCUUCAUCAAGACGACCCCAGACAUCAACAUCACAGACCUGGCUUAUACGCUUCUCCAGAAACGCGCCGUCCUGCCCCUGCGCCACGCCGUCGCAGCCAGCAGCGUCGAGUCUCUCUGCGCGACCCUGGAAGCUGCCGUCAACGACGACUUGGGGCUGGAGUACACGCCCAAAACCACAGACGCUGCCCGCAUCCUCGGCAUUUUUACAGGGCAGGGCGCGCAGUGGCCCGCCAUGCUGAAGCAGCUGGUCGUGCGGGUCCCGUUCGCGGCGGCCGUGGUGGAGGAGCUGGACGCGGCGCUGCAAACCCUUCCCGCGCGGUACCGGCCCAACUGGACGCUCAAGGAACAACUGCUCCUGGAGGGCGACGCGUCCAACGUGCGCUUGGCGGCGUACUCGCAACCCCUCUGUGCAGCAGUCCAGAUCGUACUGGUCAGGUUGCUGUCCGCAGCUGGUGUCACCUUUGAGGCGCUUGUCGGCCACAGCUCCGGCGAGAUUGGCUGCGCGUUCGCGGCGGGGUUCAUCAGUGCCAGCCAGGCUAUUCGCAUUGCCUACCUGCGCGGGCUGACGUCGUGCCACGCCGCCUCCCCUACCGGGCAGGUGGGCGGCAUGCUGGCGGCGGGCGUCUCCCUCGAGGAUGCGCGGGAACUGGUCGAGCUGGAGGCGUUUGCGGGCCGGGUGUGCAUCGCGGCGUGCAACUCGCCCGACAGCGUGACCCUCUCGGGCGACACGGAUGCCCUGGAAGAAAUGGCGGAGAUCCUGGAGGACGAAUCUAAAUUCACGCGUCUGCUGCGCGUCGACAAGGCCUACCACUCCCACCACAUGCUCCCCUGCUCGGAGCCGUACAUCACCGCCCUUAACGACUGCGGUUGUGCGGUGGCUGACGGGACGGAUACGGGCGCCAGGUGGUACUCCUCCGUGCGGGAGGGCAAGACCAUGACGCGCGCCGACGUGACGCCGCAGUACUGGCGGGAUAACCUCGUCUCGCCCGUACUGUUCCGCCAGGCACUGGAGCAGGCAGGGUUGGAGACCACGCCAGAUGCCGCGGUGGAGGUCGGCCCGCACCCGACGCUGAAAGCCCCCGCGACAAACACGCUAGCGACGGUGGUGGCGGACGAGAUGCCCUACACCGGGUGUCUGCAGCGCGGCGGGGACGACGUGGCGGCGUUCGCUGCGGGUCUGGGGUACCUCUGGGAGCGGUUCGGGGCGCUCAACACCAUUAACGGGACGGCUUUUAUAGCGGCAACGCAGCCCACCGCCCCGCCCGUCAGCGUCGCCGGGCGUCUGCCGCCCUAUGCCUGGGACCACUCGCGCGUGUACUGGUCGGAAUCCCGCGCGGCCAGGGCAGCGCUGCACGGCCCGCGCCCGCACCUCCUGCUCGGCACGCUGCUGCCCAGCAGCACGGCCACCACCCUGCAAUGGCGGAACUUUAUCCGGCCACGGGAUCACGAGUGGAUGCAGGGACAUGAGCUCCAGGGCCAGGCGGUGCUGCCCGCAGCGGGGUACGUGAUCAUGGCGAUGGAGGCGGCGUUGUAUGUGGCUGCAGGGAGAAGCGUGGGAUUGCUUGAGAUGCUGGACUUGAGCAUUGAUAAGGCGGUCACGUUUGAUGAUGCGGACAGCAUGGCGGAACUGACGCUUACCGCGAGCGUGACGUAUUCCGAUGAUUCCCAGAUCGAGUUGGAGUUCGGAAUUGCCUCUUGCCUGUCCCGCGAGUCGGCACUAUCUCUGUCGGCACAGGGCCGGGUGAUUGUCACGCUCGGAGACCCCGUAUCACUCCCCAGCCCGGGCCCGGCACCGCCGCACGCCAACCCGGUGGACAUUAAGCUGUUCUACAAGGAACUCGACAGCAUCGGGUAUGACUACAGCAACAACUACCGCUGCGUGUAUAGCAUGUCGCGGAGCACAUCUCGGGCCUCUGGCCACAUGGCACACCCGCGACUGGUGGAUGGUGCCAACCUCGUUGUCCUGCACCCCGCGAAUCUCGACCUGGCCUUCCAGACCGUCAUGGGCGCGUACUCUUCCCCCGGCGACCGGCGCCUGCGGUCGCUGUACGUCCCGACGCGGGUGGGGCGGAUCGCGCUGGUACCGGGCGUGUGCGCGAGCACGCUGGACUUGCUGGAAGGGGUGCGGUACAACGCCGUGAACACCUACGACGGCGGUGACUACCUCGCUGGCGACAUUGAGGUGUUUGACGAGGAGACCAAUGCCGUGCUGUACAGCGUGGAAGACAUGCACCUCCAGCCGCUGACGCCGCCGUCUGCAGCCGAGGAUCACCGGCCGUUUACAAAGACGGUGUGGGGCCCGCUGAAUCCCGACAAGAUUCUCGAUGUGGAGAGGUUGUGGGCCACGGAGCAGGAUAAGGAGGUUAUUCCCAUUAUCGAGCGGGCGGUGUACUACUUUGUGCGCAAAUUCUUGGCGGAACUCACGGAGGACGAUAGGAAGAAUGCGAGUGUGGGUAAUCAGCGGUACAUCUACUGGCACGAGCAUGUUCUCAAGCUGGCCAGGGACGGGAAACAUUUAUUUUACAAGCCAGAGUGGGAGGCGGAUACGGAGGAAAGCAUCGACAAGCUGCUGCAGGAGAACUGGUACCACCCUCACCUGCGGCUGGCCAAGCUGGUCAGCGAUAACAGCCUGUCGACGAUCCGCGAGAACAAGAACCCGUUCAUCUGGAUGAACGAGAACGGGCUUCUGACCGAGUUUUACACGAGCUAUUUGACCAGCGGCCCUACGUGGGAGUACGGGCAGCUGUUGGUUGGGCAGAUUGCGCACCGGUUCCAGAACAUGGACAUUCUAGAAAUCGGCGGCGGCACCGGCUCCGCAACAGCCUCCAUCCUCGCGGUCCCCGAGCUCGGUUUCAACAGCUACACAUUCACAGACAUCUCGGCCGCCUUCUUUGAAAAGGCAAAGGAGAAGUUCGCCCCCUUCCUCGAGCGCAUGGACUUCCGCAAGCUCGACAUCACCAAACCGCCCGCGGAGCAGGGCUUCCAGACCCACGCGUACGACAUGAUCAUUGCGAGCUCCGUGCUGCACGCCACGCCCAACCUGACCGAGACCAUGGCCAACGCCCGCACGCUGCUGAAGCCCGGCGGGCACGUCGUCAUCUGCGAGGCUACGAAUAAGGAUCACAUGCGGGUCGGGUACCUGUUUGGUUCGUUCGCGGACUGGUGGGCGGGGAUCGAUGAGGGCCGCACGCUGGAUCCGUUUGCUACCCGCGAGGAGUGGGAUGCCAUUUUCAAAAAGACGGGCUUCUCGGGCAUCGAUAGCGUCACUACCGACCGCGAAAGCCACCUCUUCCCCAACACCCUCCUCAGCACACACGCCGUCACGCCCGAGCAGCUGCGUCUCGACGAGCCCCUUUCUGCCCCGCCCAAGGCGGAAUACCCACAGCUCGUCAUCGUCGGUGGCGGGGUGGCAUCUGCACCUUUUCUGAAGAAAAUCCGUGAGCUGCUACCGAGCCGCAACCCGCUCGUCGUGACCAGCUUGGUCGAGUUGGUGGCCGCCGAGGUGCAGCCCAAGGCGACGUACGUGGUCCUCUCAGAGGUUGACAGCCCCGUGUUUGAGGACUUCACCGAGGAGAAGCUCGCUGCGGUCAAGAAGUUGUUCUUUGGGUCCAACGCGGGCGGGGUGCUCUGGCUGACGGAGGAUGCCUGGGUGUCGAACCCGCGCCAGGCGAUGGGGAUCGGUAUGUUGAGGUCUGUCCGGUUGGAGAACCCAGACGUUGCGUUCCAGUGUCUCGACGUGGACCGGCUCGCGGACCUCGACGCCAAAUUCCUGGUCGAGCAGAUCCUGCGCCUGGAGGAGGGUACGCCGGAGAACGCCGUCUGGACGCUGGAGCCGGAGAUUUGCGUCGUGGACGGCCGGCCCCACGUGCCGCGCAUCAAGCACGAUGACGCGCGGAAUUCCCGGCUCAACUCCGUCCGCCGCCCGAUCCUCGACGAGGUCGACGUCGGCACCGUCCCCGUGGUGCUGCGGAGCACGCCAUCCCCGGUCCCGGUCGCGGCGCAGACCUCCCGGCCCCUCGGUGUACCACCCGACGCGGCCACGCAGACGAUCCGCGUGCACCAUGCCACCGCCAAGGCUAUCCGCGUGCAUGGGCUGGGGUACUUCUAUAUCGUCACUGGCACGACGGCCGACGGCGCGGUGCUGGCCUUAGCGGAGGUCAACGCGUCUAUUGUCGUCAUGCCGGUCAAGCACAUCUUCCCCGUAAAGGAUACCUCUGUCAACACUCUGUUAUCUGCUGUUGCCAAUCUGAUCGCUCAGAGCGUGGUCGAUACGCCGCCAGGUUCGUCGGCGCUGGUGUACGCCCCACCGAGGUUCUGCGUGGAUGCGAUUAGGCAAGUCGCAGAGACAAGGAAAGUGCGCGUGGACUUUGCGACCACGGAUGACGCCUCGGUCUCCCAGGGGAUUGUCCUCCAUCCCCGCGACACGGAGAGGGCGCUGAAGCAGAAGAUUCCGAGCGGUGUUGCGGCCCUGUACGACCUGUCCUCCGACAAGCAUGCCGCAUCUCUCGGCCCACGACUCGCCCGUAUACUUGGUUGCGCUGCACGGGAUUCGAGCUAUAUCUCCCGCGGCGAAGCAAUUGCUGUGGCUUACUCUGACGCCCUGGAAGCAAGCCAGCUGCAGCUCGUCGCCGAAUCCAUAUCCACCCCAGCGUUGGGCGUAGACACCAUCGCCUCCUGCCCCGUCACCAAGCCCGUUGACGCGCACGACGCCCUCGACGCGAUAGUCGACUGGCAGACCGAGGCCAAGAUCCCCGUCCGCGUCAGCCCCGUGGACGCCGGCACGCUCUUCGUCAAGACCAAGACGUAUCUCCUCGUCGGGCUCUCGCAGUCCAUGGGGCGUUCGAUCGCGGCGUGGAUCAUCAAGCAUGGCGGGCGGCAUGUUGUGUUAUCUAGCCGGAAUCCCGAGAGACUGGAGGCUGGGUGGCUUGAGGAUAUGGAGAGGUUCGGCGGGAAGGUGACCGUGCUCGCCAUGGACGCAUCCAAGGCAGAAUCGGUCGACGCCGGCCUCGCCACUCUUCGCGACGUACACAACCUGCCGCCGGUGGGUGGUGUGGCGUACGGCCCGCUGGUCCUCAGGGACGCGCUGCUGAACAACAUGGACCUGGCGACGAUGGACGUGGUGCUCACGUCCAAAGUCCCAGGCGCCAAGAUCUUCCACGACCGGUUCUGCGAUCCGGACAAGGACCCGCUUGACUUCUUUGUCAUGUUUUCUAGUGCCGCAUUGUUUGGUGGUAAUCCGGGCCAGACGAAUUACACUGCGGCCAACGCGUAUCUGCAGGCGCUUGGGCAAUACAGGCGGAGCAAUGGUCUCGCUGCCUCCACGAUCCACAUCGGCGCCGUGAUGGGCAUCGGCUACCUGACCCGCAACAGCCGCGAAGCCGAGUUCCAAGAGAAAUCCGACGUCGACACCCUUGGCGAAGCCGAAUUCCUGACCCUCUUUGCCGAGGCAGUCGUGUCCGGCCGCCGGGUCCACGGCAUCGACGGCGUGCACGCCAAGAAGGCCAUCGACAUGUCCGAGACGGAGAUUGGCAGCGGUAUUCCCGCGCUCGAGUCGCGGCAUAAGGAGACCAUCAAGUUUUACCAUGACCCGAGGUUCGGGAAUCUGAAGACGCCGGAGAGCAGGGGCGAUGCCGCUGAUGCGGGCGGGAGCAAGAUGGGCGUCAAGGAGAUGUUGGCAACGGCGACGACGAUGGAGCAGGUUCGGGCGGCUAUUAGUGAGAGCCUCUCCGACAAGAUGCGCGGUGUGCUUCACAUCCCGCCGGAAGAGAGCGUCAACGCGGCCGCUCCCCUCCUGGACCAGGGCAUCGACUCGCUCGGCGCCAUCACCGUCGCCUCAUGGUUCUCUAAGCAACUCCUGGUCGACAUCCCUAUUCUGCGUGUCCUCUCCGGCGCGUCCAUCAACGACCUGGCAGCCGAAGGCGCCUCCCGCCUCUCCCCGGCCGCCAUCCCCCUCGUCGCCGACGCACAAGGCCCCGCAACACACUCCGAGGACUCUUCCACCGAGACGUCCUCCGACGGCGCCUUCACCCCGCUGUCCACCCCCAUCGAAGCCAAAGAGCCCCUCGACGGCGUGGUGCGCAAGGCCUCCAUGUCGCUGAUCCAGCAGUACUCGUACACGCGGCAGGCCUCCCUCCCCGACGUGACAAUCUCCCACAACACCAUCGGCGUAUUCAUGGAAGGCAGCCUAAGCACCGACAAGCUCGCACAGGCCGUGACGACCGCCAUCACACGCCACGAAACCUUCCGCACGGCCUUCCGCGCCUCAGACGCCUCCGCCCCCACACCGCAGCUGCACGUCCUCCCCGCCCCGACCUGGGGCCUGCGCGCCGUCUCCGUCGCCUCCCGCGCCGAGGCCGAAGCCGCGCUGGCCAAGCUGCAAAAGGAAGCCUACGACCUGGAGAACGGCGAAACCUUCAAAAUCGCCCUCUUCACCUGGUCGCCCACGGCCCACCUCCUCGUGCUCGCCUACCACCGCCUGGCCGGCGACGGCUCCACCACCGAAAACCUCGUCGCCGAGCUGUCCCAGCUCUACGCCGGCGCCGUCCUGCCCCCUGCACCGCAGUACACCGACUUCGCGGUCAAACAACGCGCCCUCCUCGCCUCGGGGGCCAUGGACGCGUCCAUUGCGUACUGGACGGGUCUCUACACGCCUCUGCCCGCACCGCUUCCGCUGCUGCCCCUCCCCGGCGUGAAGAGCGCCCGUGGACCCGUGAGCUGGGACCAGCAUACCGCCCUGUCCCGCCUGUCUGCCGUGCUUGCGUUCAGGAUCAAAGAGCGCACCAAGAAACUCCGCACGACGCCCAUGACGUUUUAUCUUGCGACCUUCGCGGCGUUGCUGUCGAAUCUGUCCGAGCAGAAGGAGGUAUCCAUCGGCUUGGCGGACACGAACCGCUCGUCCGUGGCAGACUUGUCCACCAUGGGGUACUUUGCCAACCUGCUGCCCUUGCGCCUCCGUGCCUCCUCUGAUUCCUUUACCGCCACCAUGGAAUCCGCCAAGGAGGCGGUGCGGCAGGCCAUGGCGCACUCGGUCGUGCCCCACGACGUGAUCGCGGCCCGUCUGGGACUGGAUGAUGCGGUCGUAUCGCCGCGGGCGAUGACGCGCGCGCCGCUGUUCCAGGCGGUCUUUGAUUAUCGCCAGGGUGCGGCCGAGUCCGGGGCCGUCGGCGGAGCGCGGAUCGUCGAGGUGGUGGCGAGCCGGGAGCGCACGCCGUAUGAUGUUGUGGUGGAGAUGAGUGAUGAUCCGACGAGGGAUCCGCUUGUGACUGUCAAGUUGCAGAGUAGCGUGUAUGGGGAGGGUGAUGCGGAAGUGUUGCUUGGGAGGUAUGUUGAGUUGUUGACGGCGUUGAGUAAGGGGGAUGCUAUUUAA